AUGUCAGAUCAAGUCCGAGAUGCCGCUAGGAAAUCCUCCACACGCAGAGGUGUACCCCACAGACGACCACGAAAGCCGCUCAGCUGCGAACCUUGCAGAGUCAGCAAGCUUCGGUGUGAUCGACUUCUGCCCUGUUCGGCUUGCAGACGGAGAGAAUGCGAAUCCGCUUGCACUUUUCGGCGAAAUCGAGAGGCAGUUGACAAUAACUCCACCGUUCUCGGCGGUGUAUCUGCGACUCCCACAUCCAACUCAUCCGCUUGUCCACCACCCCCACCGGCAGUUGCAACAGCAAAUGUGGCAGAGUAUUACCAUUCUCCGACACCAUCGAUCCUUCGAAACGCCUUGGGCGAGAAUCCUCCGGUACAAUCACCGAGUGACGGCCCUCUGUGCUCCGUCCCAUCUUGGGAUACAGUCCUUGAACGACCCUCUCUAGGCCGGGACAACUGUGCUUUUGGAUUAGAUACCGACCCGUUUGCCUCUUUCGCCUUUGGCCCAAAGGUGCCAAAGAGCGAACUUCUAAGGCUCUUACCGCCGAAGCCCACUCGCGAGUUUCUCUUCUCCAGAUACUUUACGUUCCAAGCGCCACUAUUCCAUGUCCUCCACGUACCUACCUUUGAGCAGCAGUAUGCAGAGUUCGCUCAUGGCUCAACGGAACCAUCACUAUCAUGGCUAGCUCUGCUAUUCGUCAUCAAUUCCUUGGCUGUUCAAACAUUGGGAGAUGGCGACCCAAUCCUUAGAGAGUGCCAGCCGUCGGGGUCCGACCUUGACGCUUGCGAUCCCCAAUCGCUAUCUCGUCGCCUUCGUAACGCCGCCUUUGCUUGCCUUUCAGAGGCUCGCUUCAUGGUGAGAUAUAAUCUAACUACGCUCGAAGCCCUGUUGAUUAUGAUUUAUGGAAUAUGCCAUAGUGAAGGAGUUGAUCGUGCCUGGGUGUUUCUCGGUGUCGCUCUCAACAUGGGUAUUGCUUUGCGAUGCAAUGCCAACCAUCCUAUUCAGAAUAGAAUCGAGCAGCAGAGGCGUUGGCGAUGUUGGGCUGGUAUACGACUGCUUUACACUUAUCAAGGCAUCCUCUUCCGUGACGUCGAUCACUCGUUCCUUCUUGCGUUUUCUUCUCCCAUACCCGCAGACGUCGACGAUCCCGGCAUAAAUACAGAUACUAUACGAGAAUCCUCGACCUGUCCAAAUGGCAUAUCAAUCAUGAAGCUCAAACUUCGACUCUUUGAGCUGUCAACUCGGAUAUGUAGCAGUCUUUCCAGCAGCUCUAGCUUUGACGAGGCUACGAUGCGUCACUACGAAGCCUUGAUUGCGACCGAACAAGAGCAGUGGACUUCUCUCUUUCUGCCUUCUGGAUCUCUCAGCUUCGGUGAUACAGCAGGCUAUGCGUAUUGGUGUAUACUGGAGACCUACGCGUAUCAGCUCUAUCUUCUAGUCAAUCGACCUUUCUACCAUUCCCAAUCUCCGCAAUUCCUGCCUUCCAGUAGGAAAAAGUACGCCGAGUCGAGCAUAGCCCUUUUAGACAUCUAUGAGAAGAUGUGCGAGCUUCCGAUACUUCGGCCCUACCGAUGGCUAGUAAAUGGCAUGACAAGUUUCAAUGCAGUCCAGGGGGUGGUUGCUCUGGCAGCCUGCAUGAUCGACAAGCCCGGACAAGUAGACUCUAUAGCUUCUCAGCGAGUAUUCUUUGACGCUGCCGUUCGGCGUAUUGAGUCGCUGCGCAAGUCUAGCCCCGUUUGCGAAAGGGCUUACUCCGCAAUUCAAGCCAUACAGACGCAAAUCUCGGCGCUGAUCGAUGACGAAUGCCAUACUACGUCUCGAGAAUGGGACCCUAAUGCAGAUUGGCUCGAUCUAAAUUCCAUUGAUUGGACUUUCUGGGAGAAUUUCGUAAUGUGCGAACACUGA